AUGCGAUUCCGUCAAACAAGCAGCCUCGUGGCCGCGGCCAUUGGACUUCUGGGCUCCGCUACUGCUUUCGAGAACGAUGCCUAUGACUACAUCAUCGUCGGUGGCGGUCCUUCUGGUAUCAUCACGGCCGAGAGAUUCGUCGAAGCCGGUCACAAGGUCUUGCUUCUUGAAAGAGGACCCGGUUCGACCGUUCCCACCGGCGCCAAUGACACACUUCGCUGGGAUCAUAACCUGACACCAAUCGACGUCCCUGGACUUUCCGGGGACAUCGCAACCUACGAUGUCUGGAACGAGUACCUGUGCACCGACACUGCUGGAUUCGCCGCCUGCGCGCUUGGCGGUGGUGUUUCAGUCAACUACAUGGUCUUCGUCCACCCUCCAGACCACGACUUUAAUGAUAAAUGGCCUCAAGGGUGGAAGUGGGAAGACGUUGCGCCGGCGGCGGAAAGAUUAUACCAGCGGAACCCUGGAAGCACCUUGCCUUCUGCUGAUGGCAAGUACUACGACCAGGGACUGUACACUACCUUCUCGAACUUCUUGGACAAUCUUGGCUGGAAAUCCGUCGACAUGAUCGCCCAGCCCAAUGAGAAGCAUAAGGUCUACAGUCACCCGUCAUGGAACAUCAAGGACCAAAUGCGUGCUGGCCCUGUCCGCACCUAUCUCCCUGAUAUCCAGCACAACGACCGGUUUACACUGAGUCUCGGUACCAAGGUCAUUCGUCUGGUCCGUUUAGGAAGCCAGGUUACCGGAGUCGAAGUCGAAACUGCAUCUGGUCAAACUGAAGUCAUCACGCUGGCUUGCAAUGGCCGUGUUGUUCUUGCUUCGGGUGCUCUCUCCACACCGCGCGUGCUUUUCAACUCCGGCAUCGGCCCCAAGGCGCAAAUCGAAACGGCCCAGAAGACUGGUGUUGCGGUUCCUUCUCAGGAAGAGUGGAUCGAUCUGCCCGUCGGUGUUGGCCUCAAAGACCACUCCAUCUUUUCCCUCGUCGUCAAGACCAACGGAACCUUUGGCUCGCUCGACUCCGCAAGCGUCCUGAACGGAAGUGACGUCGCCGACAUUUCUCAAUACAAACAGCACAACGGCGUUCUGACUCAAGGCAAGCACCGCUUGAUCUUCUUCACUUCGAACGAGGUCGAUGGCGAGACCCGAUACUACCAGGGUUCCUGCGCCCCCGAUGACGACAGCACCAUUAGCCUCAGCGCCUACAUGACCCACGGCCUGACCUCGUCUGGUGUCCUGGGACUGGAUAAGAAAGGAAACACCGUCACGGAAAAGUCUCCGUACCUCCAAACCGCCGGAGACCGCAAAGCCGCCAGAAUCUUCCUCCAACAACUGGUUGACGACAUCACAGCCCCUUCAACUGGCUUCCAACUGGAUGCGUACACCAAUGUCUCUGCAGUUAUCGAUGCACAGAGCCCUGGUGGGCACUACACUGGUACAGCCCGGAUGGGCACGGAUGACGGCCGCGACGGUGGAUCGGCAGUUGUUGAUACUGAUGCCAAGGUAUACGGUAUGGACAAUCUGUACAUUGUCGACGCUAGCAUUCACCCGGAUGUCCCCACGGGUAAUACCAUGGCCAUUACCAUGGUUGUCGCUGAGGCAGCGGCUUCCAGAAUACUUGCUCAGGACUAAGGAUUUUGCUUGAUUGAACUAACAGUGAUGCAUCGGUUUCUGAGUCGACCCUGUCACUGCCUGCUGCUAUGUCUUAGGUUG